CUCUCUGCAUUCCCUAACACUUUCUUAAAAAGGCAGUGUGAGGAAGAAAAAUAACGUGGAAGCAGGAAAAAGUUUGACUCACAAAUACUGGAUGUGACUGAAAAAGAACUUGGCGACCAUGAACACCACCAGUGAUCUAGCGGUCAACAUCUCCUCCACCCCUUCUUUCACAGAAUCACCAUUACCUUUCAACCUAUCCAGCCUGCCCACCUCCCUCUCUUCCUCCCCCCUGCCAUCAGAGCCUCACGACCCAUUGCUGACCAUCAUGGUGGUGCUAGGCCUGUCCCUGCUCCUGGCUGCCUGUGCUAUCUUCCUGGCCGUGUGUCGUGGGUCGUCAACCCAGACAGAGGAGGACUCAGAUGGGGGCUGUAGUUCAGGCGAGUCCCUGGUCUGCGGGCCUUCUCUGUCAUCGGAGCCCCAGCUCAAGCUGUGGAAGAGGCUGGGCUCUGUACGGCGGUCAUUCACCUCCUCAUUCAGACGACCGCCCCAGCGCAGGUCCAACUGCAGCACCCACUGCUCCCCAACCAGACCGCAACCUGACCACAGCAGCUCACCAACGCCCCACCUUACCAUGCCCUGCCUGUUUGACUAUGUUACAGAGAUAUGACCACGCUCUGAUCGUGAGAUGAACGCAGGCCCGGUCAUGGAGAUGACCGCUUUGACUGUAACUUGACCACAACACUCAGACUUGACCCCAGUCCUGCAUGUUCAUGGAUGUACUGCUAUAUAAACAAUAACACUAACUUCUGACCAAACCCUAACUUCAAGAUAACCUUUACUCCACCAGUCCAUGUGGUUAUUUGGACGAUGUUGUUAUUGACAAGAGAAGCAUGUGCAAGCCCAAGGUUCUUCCAAAAGGGAUACCAGCCUCUGUGGAUGAUGUGAAUUGUUUCGUACAUUUUGAUUGUUGUAUUAUUAGCUACACUCUUAUAAAAAAACAGUUCCAAAAGGGUUAUUCGGUUGUCCCCAUAGGAUAAUCCUUUUUGGUUCCAGGUAGAACCCUUUUUGG